CCGGCGCCGCCGCCAGCAUGUCCUCCGACUUCGAGAGCUACGAGCAGGACUUCGCCGUGCUCACGGCCGACGUGACGGGCCGCAUCGCCAGGGUGCCCAAGCUGCUGGGAGAUGAGAAGAAGCAAAUGGUUGCAAGUAUUGAGAAACAGCUAGAAGAAGCAAGGGAACUGCUUGAGCAGAUGGAACUUGAAGUUCGAGAGAUCCCACCUCAAAGCCGGGGAAUGUACAGCAGUCGGAUGAGAAGCUACAAACAAGAAAUGGGAAAACUUGAAGCUGAUUUUAAAAGGUCACGGAUCGCCUACAGUGAUGAGGUGCGGAAUGAGCUCCUAGGGGAUGACGGGAAUUCCUCAGAGAACCAGUUGAUAAAAUUACGUGAGGAGAGGGCACAUCUGCUCGAUAACACAGAGAGGCUGGAAAGGUCAUCUCAGAGACUAGAGGCUGGAUACCAAAUAGCAGUGGAAACCGAACAGAUUGGACAGGAGAUGCUGGAAAACCUCAGCCAUGACAGAGAGAAGAUCCAGCGUGCUCGGGAAAGGCUCAGAGAAACAGAUGCAAACCUGGGGAAGAGCUCUAGGAUCCUGACAGGAAUGUUGCGAAGGAUCAUCCAAAAUCGGAUCCUGAUGGUUGUCCUGGCAGUCAUCAUCGUCUUCACCAUCACGGUGGCUAUUUACUACUUUGUCCGGGGACAGUGAUAUCUUUGUUCUUCGCUAAGCAGCAACAAACUGCUUGUUCUGAGUAAUUAAGACAAAGUGGUCACAUGCAUCAUUCUCUCGCACUGACAGAGUCUCCCUCUCUUUUCCACUGUUCAACUCAGGUGCAAGUGCUGUAAAUUAUUUUCUAUUAUUGAUGGCAUAGUUGGCAUGUGGAGUUGAUUAUAUUUCCUCACACUCUUUGUCUUUAUCUCUGUGCGUUUGGAAUCUUAAUAUUUGUUUGAGGGAGGGCUUGUUGCAGUGUGAAAAGGUAAAACUUAGCAGACUGGAUGUGCGCUGAGCUCUACCCCAGGCGAUUAGCAUGUAGGUUGCAGGAGUUUAGAGGAGGAAGAGGGGUCUUUGCACUUUUCUUGUGCUAUGCAGGGUGUAUGAAUAUCAAGCAGUAGCUGACCUCCUGUGAUAGAGAAUAUAAGUAAAGCAGAGACCAAAUGAUGUAGAAAGUGAACCUGUCUCCUGUGACUACCUCCCAAUCAUGAAUCGUCGUAAUAGGUGUAACCUGGCCAAGAGCAGUAGUUAGUUUUAAAAGGAGGGGAGUCUUAAGAAGGUGCUUCCUAUCUGAUAUGAAUCCAGCGCUUUAUUUAACACUUUUUAUUUUAUAAAGUUUUCUUUUCUGCUUACUCUUACAAUUCUGCUUACAAUUCUGCUUUCAUCGGGAUCCUGAUAACAAAACUUGCAUCACUUGCCCAAAAUAUAAUUGUGACCACGGCCCAUCUGUUGAAUCUGUUUCAAAUCUUCCAGUGUUGAUACAUGUACUGAUAAAUGUAAACAGUAGACCUUUAUUAAAAAUGUAUAAAGAUACUUAUCUAUUCAUUGGUGAUUGAAAAGAGAUCCUAUGUCAUAGUUCAGUGACAAAUACAUAUGAUUAUAGUGCAUUAAGAAAAAAAAAGAUUUUGAAUGUUGGCCUGAAUAUGUUGAAACCACGUGUUGAAAAUAUUUUUAAGGAAUUUUGUUCAGAUGUGACAUUAAGCUUUUUAAAGGGAGACUGUAAAAAAUGUUAAUUUAUGCAUGCUUUUAACUGAUAUAAUGUAUUGGAUUUUCAUCUGCUAGGAUACUUGUGUGUAAAUGAGAUGUAUUUUUCUUUUCCUACUGGCUCUGCCUCUCCAGUGGACAUGUCUAGGUCAUUUAGCUUAUAAUUAAGCUUACAAUUCCAGCAAAGGUCGUUUUCUGGUGAUCUAGUGAAGUAACUCCCAUGAUAACUGUUCAGUUCAUUAUGUAAUCCCUUACAAAUAUUACAAAUUAAGAGGGAUUUUUAUGCCCUUCCAUUGAAAUAUAAGCCAUAAAACCUUUGAUGGAAGAUAUUCAAAGAAAUAAAAAGCAGGUGGCUGCCAGACCUCUCCAAAAGAAGGUAGAAAUCGAGCACCUGCUUCUCUUGGGGGUCUUAGGACUCCAGGGGAUUCGUCAUCCCUGCAGCCUCUGCUGGCUUGUAGGGCUGGUUCUGCAGACGUGGCUGGAGCUAGUUUUGGCCCUAGCCGUGCCGCUUGUCUUCUCUGAACAGAAAUGGCUGAAAGGAUGUUGAUGCUGAUGCCACAGAAAAGUCUUCUAAACAUGGCAAUAAAUCUAGGAUGGGAGGAUCCAAAGGACAAGUGAAACAAGCAGAGGCGCCUGUGGCCAUGUCUUGAGUUUCAUCCAACUCACAACUGGUUCCAAAGGGGUUUCCAUGCCAGGACCUCCACAUGUCCAUGGCUGUAGGGCUGUGCAGGAGCAGAAGUUCCUGAUCCAAACCCAUGGUCUGCUCCAUUGCACUCAGCCCAGACAUCUCUGCAUGGCCCCGGGAGCAGGACUGACCACGUUUGUGAGGAACGUGGUGCGUCUCGUGCGGCUCCGCGGAGCCGGGAGUGCUCGGCGCCUAGCGUGGGGGCUGGCUGACCUUUGCUUGCAACGUGCAUCCAAAUGAAGCACUUAGCACUCGGUAAACAGCACUGGCCAUUAGCUUCGAGUGAUGGCACAGGGCUGAGUUCAGGCAAAUUAAGAGGAAGCCUGCCGGCAUUAGGAGGUAUUUAUCCUAGGCAAAUUAGGAGAUGCAUAUUUUGCAAAGCGCAAAACGGACAAGGAGCAAAUCUUAAGCACCGGCUGUUGCCUAGACAUUCUCCGUGUUGCCUCAAUAAUUUAGCUAUCAUGGGGAUUGAUUCAUGACUACU